AUGAAUACAGCAAUAUCGGAUUCAGCUGUUAAACUUAAUAACAAAAUUGAUGGUGUUGUCGCACAAGUUGCUAAUUUAACUACAGACUUUAUUGAGAAUUUCAAGCUUAUCAAAAGUGAGGUCAACCAUGCAAAACUGGCUGUUACUCAGUUAAAUAACACUGUGACACAGUUACAAACCAAAACUGAUACUCAAACUGAACAGAUACAAAAAAUCUUGGAUGAUAAAAUAAACAGCACUGAUAAAAAUAAUAACAAUAGCUCUGAAUUAAUAAACAGAAUGACGAACAUUGUUAUAUUUGGAAUUCCUGAAGCUGAUGGUAAUAUUAGUGAUAAACAGCGUCUGGAUAUGAAUAGAGGUAAGGUAGAUGAAUUAGUUAGCGUCGUGCUCAAUAAUGUCACACCUUUAUUGGGCAAGAACUGUUCACACAAAAAUUCCUCGAGGCAAAAAACAAUCAUUGGAUUGUUGAACGGAUUGGAUGAACAGCAUUUACAUCUCGAACAAUUUUGCACCACAUCAACUACAACAAAGAAACGAUCUCAAGAAACAGUUGGCUCAGUCAGGUGUGACCAAUUCUACGGUAAAGUUCAUCAACGGUCGUUUCAAGAUCGUCCAGAUGAAGCAACGGAACAUCAUCAACAACAACAACAACAAAAACAACAAUUGCAACAGCUCCAACAGAUAGAAAUGUGUGAUGAGAUAGCUGUUACACAACAAGUAAACCAUGGGGUAUCAGGGGUGCCCCAAGGACAAAAUGAUAAUAAUAAUAGUGGAAAUAAUUGUAGAGACAACUUCAUUGAUAAUGAGUUUGGUACUGAAUUGUGGAGAGAAGAAGCUGUUGCUUUAAAUGAACAGCAUGAAGAUAUUGAAGAAAGUCUUUCAUCAGUUACUAGAAAUAAAAUUCCAACAAAUGACAAAUCCAGACCAACAAAUAAAAAUUCUGCAUCACAUAAUGUAAAACCAAUCAAUUGGAACCCAGAUCAAGAGUCAUACUCAAUAUCAACACCACCAACAAAUCAAGAGAAUAAAAAUGCUGUAUUGAAUAAUAAAAAACCAAUAAAUUGGAACCAGGACCAAGAGUCAGACUUGAUCUCUUUGGUCAAAGAGCAAGAUUAUUCCAAGCCUUUGUCCAAUCGGUCCAAGCAACACACGACAGAUCUUUGGGAUGAUAUUGUUGGAAUGAUGCAAGAUCGUCAUCCUGAGCUAUCUCUGGCUGCUGCUGCUGUUUCAAAUAAAUGA